CUGCUGAACAGAAUGUCCGCGGAGGACCGGCACCUGGGCUCCAGCUGCGGUUCUUUCAUCAAGACAGAACCUUCGAGCCCGUCCUCGGGCAUGGAUGCCCUCAGCCACCACAGCCCCAGCGGCUCUUCCGACGCCAGCGGUAGCUUUGGCCUGGCCAUGGGUGCCCACGCCAAUGGUCUGGACUCGCCAUCCAUGUUCGCAGGAGCCCCUGGGAUCAUGGAGGACUCGGCUAUCAAGUGUGAAUACAUGCUCAACACGAUCCCCAAGCGCAUGUGCCUUGUGUGCGGGGACAUUGCCUCUGGCUUCCACUAUGGUGUGGCCUCCUGCGAGGCUUGCAAGGCCUUCUUUAAAAGGACCAUCCAAGGAAACAUCGAAUACAGCUGCCCGGCCACCAACGAGUGUGAGAUCACGAAACGGAGGCGCAAGUCCUGCCAGGCCUGUCGCUUCAUGAAAUGCCUCAAAGUGGGCAUGCUGAAGGAAGGUGUGCGCCUGGACCGGGUUCGCGGAGGCCGCCAGAAGUACAAGCGACGGUUGGACUCUGAGAACAGCUCGUACCUGAGCUUUCAGAUCUCCCCAGCUGCUAAAAAGCCAUCGACCAAGAUUGUCUCGUGCCUCAUGGUGGCUGAGCCAAACAACCUGCAGGCCAUGCCUCCUUCUGGCAUACCUGAGGCGGACAUCAAGGCACUGGCCACGCUCUGUGAUUUGGCUGACCGGGAGCUUGUGGUCAUCAUUGGCUGGGCCAAGAACAUCCCAGGUUUCUCAGACCUCUCGCUGGGGGACCAGAUGAGCCUGCUGCAGAGCGCCUGGAUGGAGAUCCUCAUCCUGGGCGUUGUGUACCGCUCGCUGCCCUAUGACGACAAGCUGGUGUACGCAGAGGACUACAUCAUGGACGAGGCCCACUCUCGCCUCACAGGGCUGCUGGAGCUCUACCACGCCAUCCUGCAGCUAGUACGCAAGUACAAGAAGCUCAAGGUGGAAAAGGAGGAGUUUGUGACACUCAAGGCCCUGGCCCUCGCCAACUCAGAUUCCACGUACAUUGAGGACGUGGAAGCCGUGCAGAAGCUUCAGGACCUGCUGCAUGAGGCGCUGCAGGACUACGAGCUGAGCCACCGCCAUGAGGAGCCACGGAGGACGGGCAAGCUGCUGCUGACAUUGCCCCUGCUGCGGCAGACAGCCACCAAGGCCGUGCAGCACUUCUACAGCAUCAAGAUGCAGGGCAAGGUCCCCAUGCACAAACUCUUCCUGGAGAUGCUGGAGGCCAAGAUCUGA